UCUUCAGAAAAAUCCCACUUUGUUUUCAUUUUUUCAUCAAAGAAUUAAUCAUGGAUUCGAAGACCACAUUGAGUUUCUUUCUGAUCUUCUCAUCGUGUGUCUUUCUAGGGUUUCCAGGAGGUGAGGCUAUAGACAUGUCAUGUAUACAAAAUCUGCUUCCAUGUAAACCCUAUUUACCAGGAACCGAGCAGCCACCGCCCGUUUGCUGCUUGCCACUGAAGGACAUGGUCGCACAUCAAGCUCAGUGUCUUUGCAGUGCUUUAGCAAAUCCAGAUCUCCUGAAGGAUUUCAACGUCACCAUGGAUGGUGCCCUUAAGCUUGCCAAGACUUGUGGCGCCUCAGUUGACAUGUCUGUUUGCAAAAAUGGUUCUCCGGCAAAGCCAUCAACUCCGACCACCAAUGCAACAACUCCAAGUGGUUCCAACACAAAUCCAAAAAGUGCAGCAAACUAUGAGAUCACUCACUUUGGAGGAUCUGGUUUCGUUGCUGCUAUCUUUCUGGGUUUGAUUUUUUGCAUAUUCUAAUGUUGUAAGAACAUGACGUACUCACAUUGGAUUUAGACUCCUACUAGUUUAA